CGGCCGCGCGCGCUCUCGCAGUCUCCGCCACCCACCAGCUCCGGCACCAGCAGCAGCGCCGCCGCCACCGCCCACCUUCUGCCGCCGCCGCCGCCGCCACGGCCACCUUCUCCUCCGCGGUCCCCUUCUGUCCUCGCCUUCUGUCGAUCAUCAGGCUUUGAAGCAGUAUGGCUGAACCCCGACAGGAGUUUGACACAAUGGAAGACCAUGCUGGGGGCUACACUCUGCUCCAAGACCAGGAAGGAGACAUGGACCACGGCUUCAAAGAGUCUCCCCCGCAGCCCCCCGCUGAUGAUGGAUCUGAGGAACCAGGGUCAGAGACCUCCGAGGCUAAGAGCACUCCAACUGCUGAAGACGUGACCGCGCCCCUAGUGGAAGAGAAAGCUCCCGACAAGCAGGCCGCUGCCCAGCCCCACACGGAGAUCCCAGAAGGAACCACAGCUGAAGAAGCCGGUAUCGGAGACACCCCGAACCUGGAGGACGAAGCCGCCGCCGGGCAUGUGACUCAAGAGCCGGAGAAGGUCAAGAUUUUCCCAGAAAGUUUGCUUGGCGAACCAGGGCGCGGUGAAGGCCGGGCCCCAGAUUCAGGGAUCUCAGACUGGACCUGCCAACCGAUGCCUAGCAUGUCUGGGGCUCCCCUCCUGCCACAGGGCCUCAGAGAGGCUACACGCCAACCUUCGGGGACAAGACCUGAGGACGUAGAGAGACACCACCCAGCCUCUGAGCUGCUGCAGCAAGAGCCGCCUCAGAAGGAGGGCUGGGGCAAAGACGGGCUGGGGGGCGAGGAGGGGGAGGCAGAUGAAGACCUGGACCUGGAUGAGUCAUCCCAGGACUCCCCUCCUUCCCAGGCCUCCCUGGCCCUUGGCAGGGCAGCCCCUCAGGCUGUCUCCGGGGAGACCACCAGCAGGCCUGGGUUUCCAGGUGAGGGCGCCAUCCCUCUUCCUCCUGAUCUCCUUUCCAAAGUCUCCACAGAGACCCAGGCCUGGCAGCCGGAAGGGCCCGACACUGGGCCCACGGAGGAAGGGCAGGAGGCUGCCCCUGAGUUCACAUUCCACGUGGAAAUCAAAGCCGGCAUGCCGAAGGAGCAGGAUUUGGAAGGGGCCACAGUGGUGGGGGCCCCUGGAGAGGAGCAAGAGGCCCAGGGCACCUCUGUGGGAAAGGUCCCCAAAGAGGCUAGCCUUCUGGAGCCACGUGCCAAGCAGCCUGCAGCUGGCCCGCCAGGAAGGCCGGUCAGCCGGGUCCCUCAACUUAAAGCUCGCGUGGCCGGUGUCAGCAAAGACAGAACGGGAACCGACGAGAAGAAAGCUAAGACAUCCACACCUGCUAAAACCCUGAGCAAUAGGCCCUGCCUUAGCCCCACACGCCCCACUCCUGGUAGCUCAGACCCUUUGAUCAAACCCUCCAGCCCUGCCGUGUGCCCUGAGCCAGCCACCUCUCCUAAAAACGUCUCUUCUGUCACACCCCGAAAUGGCAGUCCUGGAACAAAGCAGAUGAAACUCAAGGGGGCUGAUGGUAAAACUGGGAUGAAGAUCGCUACGCCUCGGGGAGCAGCCCCUCCAGGCCAGAAAGGCACAGCUAAUGCCACCAGGAUCCCAGCCAAGACCACGCCCAGCCCAAAGACUCCCCCGGGCUCAGGUGAACCACCGAAAUCCGGGGAACGCAGCGGCUACAGUAGCCCCGGCUCUCCCGGGACCCCCGGCAGUCGCUCCCGCACCCCAUCCCUACCGACGCCGCCCACCCGGGAGCCCAAGAAGGUGGCAGUGGUCCGCACUCCCCCCAAGUCGCCCUCCGCCAGUAAGAGCCGCCUGCAGACUGCCCCUGUGCCCAUGCCGGACCUGAAGAACGUCAAGUCCAAGAUUGGUUCCACUGAGAACCUGAAGCACCAGCCAGGAGGCGGGAAGGUGCAGAUAAUUAAUAAGAAGCUGGAUCUUAGCAACGUCCAGUCCAAGUGUGGCUCAAAGGACAAUAUCAAACACGUCCCGGGCGGCGGCAGCGUGCAAAUAGUCUACAAGCCAGUGGACCUGAGCAAGGUGACCUCCAAGUGUGGCUCAUUAGGCAACAUUCAUCAUAAACCAGGAGGAGGCCAGGUAGAAGUAAAAUCAGAGAAGCUGGACUUCAAGGACAGAGUCCAGUCGAAGAUUGGCUCCUUGGAUAAUAUCACCCACGUCCCCGGAGGAGGGAAUAAGAAGAUUGAAACCCACAAGCUGACCUUCCGGGAGAAUGCCAAAGCCAAGACAGACCAUGGAGCAGAGAUCGUGUACAAGUCGCCUGUGGUGUCUGGGGACACAUCUCCGAGGCACCUCAGCAACGUGUCCUCCACGGGCAGCAUCAACAUGGUGGACUCACCGCAGCUUGCCACGCUAGCCGAUGAAGUGUCUGCUUCCUUGGCUAAGCAGGGUUUGUGAUCAGGCCUCCGGGGUGGUCAGUAAUUGUGGAGAGAAGAGAGAGUGAGAGUGUGUUAAAAAAAAAAAAAAAAAGAAAAAGAAAAAGAAAAAAAAAAAAAAAAAGAAUGAUCUGGUCCCUGGCCCUCUGCCCUCCCUGCUGCUCCUCACAGCCAGGCUUGACUGGCUAUCACCUAACCUGCUUUUGUGGCUCAGCUUUGGCUCGGGACUUCAAAAUCAGUGAUGGGAAUAAGAGUAAAUUUCACCUUUCCAAAUUGAUUGUGGGCUAGUAAAAUAAAAUAAUUUUUAAGGAAAAAAAAAAAAGUAAAAACAUGGCCAAACCCAA